UUGGGCGAAGGUUAUUUUUAAGAACUAUAUUUCAGAAUUUUAAACAGAUUACAGAAGUUAAACGAGUAUAGGUGAAAUGACGACCACUAAAGAGAGCUGUGGUGUAGAAUAUACCCAUGUUGGAAAAUCAGGGCUUAAAGUUUCCAACGUAUGUCUUGGAACUAUGACUUUUGGUAAAAACGAUGAUCACCCAGUAGCUGUGUACAGCUGUCCGACGCAAGCAGAUGAGGAAAAGUCUCACAAAUUGUUAGACCGCUAUGUGGAACUUGGGGGCAACUUUUUGGACACUGCUAAUGUGUACUGUUUUGGCCUGUCUGAAAAAAUAAUUGGAACAUGGUUAAAGAAACAGAAAAGAGAUAACAUAGUUGUGGCUUCGAAGGUUCGGUUUCCGAUAGGAAUGGAACCUAACAGUGUUGGUCUUAGCAGACGACAUAUUAUCAAGAGUUGUGAGGACAGUUUAGAACGACUUCAGACUGAUUACAUUGACCUUUAUCAGACACAUAUAUGGGAUGAUGCUACGCCAAUUGAAGAGACUAUGAGAACUUUGGAUGACCUGGUACGAUGUGGAAAAGUUCGCUAUAUCGGAGCAUGUAAUUUGGUCGGUUGGCAGAUGCAGAAAGUUGUAGAUCUUACGAAAUAUAUGGGUCUUACACCACUGAUAAGCCUACAGCAACAAUAUAAUCUUUUGACCCGACAUCCAGAAUUUGAAGAAUUCCAAGUUUGUAAAAAUGAAGGUUUAGGAGUUCUUCCAUGGAGUCCCUUAAAGGGUGGUGUUUUAACUGGUAAAUACAAACGAGGAGAGAAACUUGACCAUACAAGUGGACGUAUUGCUCAUAUAGCUAAAGAUGAAAGUAAGGCCAUGCAAUCUGCUCCGGCAUGGAGUCAGUAUGCUAACAAUGAAUCGUACUGGAGCCUAAUAAAAACAAUGGAAGAAAUAGGAAAGGCUCAUGGAAAAUCAGUGGCUCAGGUUGCCUUGAGAUGGACACUUCAGAAAGAUGUUGUAGCAUCUGUAAUAAUUGGUGCCACAUCAAUCAAACAACUAGAAGACAAUAUGGCCGUUGGUAGCGGUUGGAGUUUAACAAAAAAAGAGAUGGAGAAACUAGACCAGGUUUCUAUACCAGAUAUACCUUACCCAUAUGAAAUGUCAUGGAGAUGCAAUUCUGCCCGAGUCAACAGAUACAAUCCAAGACCAUUUAUAGCAAAUGUGUAUUGACAUAUGGACUUUAGUGGGUGACAUGCACAUUGCUUAUAUGAUAUACAUAUAGAUAUAUAUUAGUUGAAAAUUAAAAUGUGUAGGCAUGAGAAAACAGAGAAAAUUAUGAUUAUCUUUGAAUUUUAUAGCAUUUGUUGAAAUCUCAAAUUAUAACACUAAUUAUUUAGGUUUUAACAAUGAUAUAAAACAAAUAAAUGAUUGCAAUAUAUUAGGUAAGAAGAGUUUUUAUUUGUGUUAUAUAUUUAUGUUGAUAAAAAUUUAAAUGAUAUGUUA